AAAAAGUAAUUGAAACCAAUCUAAAGCUCCUUUUUCAUUAGUCUAGAGGUAGAUCCGAUUAUUGCUAACUUAAGCAUCAGAGUGUCUCUCCGAUGACCCACCUCGGGGCUUUGUAGGUUUAUCUAAAAUGAAGAUGCAGACUGAAGAAGGAUCUUUGGUUUAGUGUAAUUACAUUGGCGCCAUUUGUGGGAACUCGAACUAAAAGCUAUUUUGUUGCUUUCUUAUCAUGGUCAACACUCGAUCUGUCCGAGCUGGAAAUCAAGCUCAACCUCUUGGACAAGGUCAAGGUCAAGGUCAACUCCCCAACAACCUUCCACCUCACCUACCACCUCAGAUCCCAAAUAUGUUCCCUCCUGUUGAUCAUGCAGAAGGAGGAGAUGAAAACCAACCUCACAACUCAGCUCACAACUCAACUUCCAUCGCUAAUCAAGAUGUAGUUACAACUCAACUUGCUGCUAUGCAACAAUAUUUAGAAAAAACUGGUAGUGAACAGCGAGGUGCCCCACCUCCACAUCAUAAUACUGAUUCCAUACCUCAUCCUCUGAACACCAACAUCAAAUUGGAACCUUAUCUCGUUGGCUUCAAAAUUCCUCAGCUCGAGACAUAUGAUGGGAUGAAGGAUCUCGAUGAUCACCUCCAUGCCUUUUACUCCUGUAUGCAAGCUCAGAACGCCUCUAAUGCGUUAAUGUGUAAGAUCUUUCCCUCCACUCUCUGUGUUGUCAAAAUGACAUCUUCUUUCAAUGUUGUUAUCGAACGACCCACAUUAACCGAGAUCCGAGUUGUGGUUUCUCAAUCUCACCUCUGCAUGAAAUUCCCAAGUCCCAUGGGGAUAACAACGCUACGAGAGGAUGAAACUAGGGCUACCCCAGUUGAGGAUGUAGAAAAAGUGCAAAUUGAUGAUAGAGAUCCAAAUAGGAAAACACAAAUUGGAACUCGGUUGAACCCAAAGGAAAGAGCAGAGCUAAUAGCUUUCCUCCGAGCUAACAAGGAUGUUUUCGCUUGGACUUCAACAGACAUGCCAGGGAUCCCAACCUCGGUAUCCCAACACAAACUCAACACUAAUCCAUUAAAGAAACCAAUAGCCCAGAAGCGAUGUCUCUUUGGGGGGGAGAGGCUUCAAGUUAUAAAAGAAAAGGUAGAGAAGCUCUUACAAAUUGGUUUCAUCAGAAGAGUUGAUUACUGCAAAUGGGUGGCUAACCUGAUGUUGGUCAAAAAGGCAAAUGUGCCAACGACUCCAGAAGAUGAAGAGAAAACCUCGUUCUAUGCAAGUGAUGAAAUUUACUGCUAUGUCAUGAUGCCCUUUGACUUAAAGAACGUAGGUGCUACUUACCAGAAAAUGAGAGGGAUUGAGGUUAACCCAGAAAAGAUUACAGCAAUUGCCAAGAUGGAACCGCCAAAGUCGGUGAAAGAUAUACAGAGAUUAACUGGAAAUGUGGCAACUCUUCAUAGAUUCAUAUCAAAGUCAGUAGAUAAGUGUUUGCCAUUCUUCAAGAUCAUGAGGUCAGUAGCUCAAAAGGACGGAUCUAGCAAACAAAAGAAGUUUGAAGGCAAGUUGCAUUCGAUGAGCUGAAGUCUUAUCUUAACUCACCACCCCUACUGAUUAAGGCUGUGGAUGGAGAAAUUCUCUAUUCGUACCUCGGUAUUUUAGAAUAAGCAAUUAGUUCAAUU